CACACGGACAUAUUUUGGGGGGCUGAAAAGUAGCACAUGUCCGGGGAAAAGAGGACGUCUGGUCACCCUAAUUAAACUCAUGAUUGUUUUGGACUUGUCCCCAUUUGUGGUGCCAUGAAGAAGAGAUGGCUGGCUCGCAGGUUGCUGCUCUUCAUCCUCGCCCUCUUCGUGCUGCUUUACGCCAACUUUGAGCGAGACGGCGGCGACCGCCUCUCCGUCUCGGGGAUCUCGCCUGCACCGGCGGCUCGUCGUCCCCCUCCUGCGUCCGAAGCCCUCAGGCGGAACCCCCAAGCCGAGCUGCGGCUGGAGGACAUUUUCAUAUCGCUCAAGACCACCGGCAGAUUCCACGGAACGCGCCUGGCCCUCCUUUUGGAGACCUGGAUCUCCACAACCAAGUCGCACACGUUCAUUUUUACAGACAAGGACGAUGACCACCUGAAGGCCCAAGGCUACAACGUGGUCGUGACGGGCUGCCGGUCGGACCACAGUCAGCAGGCCCUGGGGUGCAAGAUGGCCGCCGAGUACGAAGGCUUCCUGGCGUCCGACAAGAGGUGGUUUUGCCACGUGGACGACGACAACUACGUGAACGGCCAGGCUCUCGUGGCCACGCUGGCCGACUUCCCGCAAGACGGCGACAUCUACGUUGGCAAGGCCAGCCUGGACAAACCAAUCACGGCGCACGAGCUCAUGGAGGGAAACCAAACGAGGCAAGUGAAGUUCUGGUUCGCCACCGGAGGAGCAGGCUUCUGUUUGAGUCGACGUCUGGCCCACAAGAUGUCCCCCUGGGCUCGCGGGCCUCGCUUCCAGGAGACGUCGGCGAAGAUCAGCCUGCCCGACGAUUGCACGGUGGGCUUCAUCGUGGAGGAGCGCUUGGGCGUCUCCAUGGUGCACUGCCCUUUGUUCCACUCGCACUUGGAGAACCUCAUGCUGCUCGACCGCGCCAGCAUCCCGCAGCAGGUGACUCUGAGUUACGGGCCGCUUGGGGACAAGAUGAACAGUGUGGAGCUGAAAGGAAGCUUCUCCAAAGAAGAAGAUCCAUCCAGGUUCAAGAGUCUGCACUGUUUGCUGUACCCGCUGACCCGAUGGUGUCCCUGAAGUGCCCUCGGGGAAAACCGGGCUCACCUCUUCAGAACCUCAUCAUGCGCGUGACUGUCUCCUUCGACGAGGGACUCGUCAAACGUGUUCUUUGAUUCGCUUCAAGUGUAGCCUACAUAGGCUGCAUUUGUGGAAAAAAAAAGAAAACAAGAUUGCAAUUCACAUUUCUUCUGGAACGCAUAAUGGUGAAGACAUUAUGGCAUCCAAAAGUUGAAAAAGACUUUUGAAUGACAGCAACUGCCAAUCAUUGAAAUACUUCUGUCAAUAAAGUGUAUUGAUUUUCAUCAUUCAA